ACUCCAGACUGGGUUCCAGAACAUAGCCGUGACAGGAGCUCGCGCUGCCGGAGUUGCCUGGCGACGAGGUGUUGAGGAGGGCCGUGGAUUGUUUACCUCGACCCGGGGAGCGGAUUAAAUUUAAUCGAUGGCAGCGGGCGAGGAGUCCGCACUCCCGGCCGGUAUAGCUGGGAGCCGCAGCGUGGAAAAGGCGCUCGAAGAAGCCGUGGCGAGUGGCGCGUUAAACUUGUCCAACAGAAAACUUAGAGAUUUCCCCUCCGCCGCUAGAAAUUACGAUUUAUCCGACAUUACGCAAGCGGACCUGUCGAAAAACCGUCUCUCGGAGCUCCCUGAGGAGCUGUGCCAGCUCAUCUCCCUGGAAACCCUGAACGUGUACCACAACUGUGCCAGGAGCAUCCCGGAUAGCAUCGUCAACCUGCAGGCUCUCGGCUACCUGAACAUCAGCCGGAACCAGCUCACCUUCCUGCCAGCCUACCUGUGCCACCUGCCCCUGAAGGUCCUGAUCGCCAGCAACAACAAGCUGUCCGCCCUGCCAGACAACAUCGAGGCCAUGGGCAACCUGCGACAGCUGGAUGUCAGCUGCAAUGAGAUCCAGUCUCUCCCGCCGCAGGUCGGCAGUCUGGAAUCUCUCCGGGAUCUCAAUGUGCGGAGGAACAAUAUCACUGUGCUUCCAGACGAGCUGUCAGAACUGCCUCUGGUGCGUCUGGAUUUCUCGUGUAACCGCAUCACGAGGAUCCCCGUCUGCUACCGCCACCUGCGCCACCUGCAGGCCAUCGUCCUCGACAACAACCCGCUGCAGUGCCCCCCCGCACAGAUCUGCACGAAGGGUAAAGUCCACAUCUUUAAGUUCCUGAACAUCGAAGCCUGCAGUAAGACCGUGCAGGAGCUGGAGGGGUUCCAGCGAGUGGCCCGACCCACUGGCUUUGCCUCCUGUCUGUCGGAUGAGUUCUGCCCAGUGCGGCAGUACGGGGGUCUGGACUCGGGGUUCAACAGCGUGGACAGUGGCAGCAAGCGUUGGUCGGGGAACGAGUCUGCGGAUGAUUUUUCUGACCUGUCUCUUCGCAUGGCUGAGAUCACACGGGACCAGAGGCAGCUGAGAGAGAGCCGAUCCUCUCACACGCUGGGGGCCAAAACCUCCGUGGAUGGAGAGGUGGAACAGAUAGAUUUCAUCGACAGCAGUCUGAACGGAGAGGAGGAGGAGGAGGAGGAAGAUGACUCGAAAUCAGAUUCCAGCCCACAGCAGCAGACAGCGCCCCCUGAGGAAAAGACACUUAUGAAAACAUCCUCCCCAAAACUAGAGGACCCAGAUAAAACCCCAAAUAACAGGCUGGCAGUUUGUUUGGAGCCCCCAGGGUCCCUCAAGGGGUCCCGCGAUGAUUCGGGGAGCGCAGCCCCUCCUGCCAGCCCCCCCUCGGAGGAACGCAGGCGCCCCGAGAUCCUGCAGAUCUGGAAGGAGAGAGAGAGGCAGCAACAGCAACAGGCAGCUCUGAGGAGGCAGGGAGCAGAGAGGAGGGACAGCGGUGCAUUCAAAUCCGCACAGAGGACUGGAGCAAGCGCAAUGCCUGCACUACAGACAGCAAGUACUGGUGGUGGUCAACCAGACAGCAGCUCCCUCCCCUCUCAGAAACAGAGGAGCCAGAGUUCAGAUCAAGCCCCUGUCAACCCGGCUCCCUCUCGCAGUGUCUCCAAGACAGACCAGGCCCUCUCCCCCAGGGAGAUGGGCUCCACGCAGAAACCAAACAGCUUCCUGUUCCGCUCCACCUCCAGGAACGUGGUGAAGCCGGCAGGUUCAGUGUCUUCCUUGGUGGACACUGGGAUCUCCGAUUCAAAGUCAGGACUCCGGUCACGGAGCUCAUCGGAGCACCUACCAGAAGAGAAGGAGUUAAUAGCGCAGCUCCGAAAGACCCUCGAGUCGAGGUUACGGCGCUCGUUGCCAGAAGAUCUCGGCGAGGCUCUCUCAAACGGAGCCAUCCUGUGCCAGCUGGCCAACCACGUGAGGCCACGGAGCGUGGCCAUCAUCCAUGUGCCCUCCCCCGCCGUGCCAAAGAUCAGUGAUGCCAAAAGCAGACGGAAUGUGCAGAAUUUCAUCGACGCCUGCAGAAAACUGGGAGUGUCUGAGGACCUCAUCUGUCACCCGCAGCACAUCCUGGAAGACGAAGGGUUAACCAAAGUGGCCCGGCUGGUUCAGGCACUGACACAGACAGCUGCCCAAAGACCCCUCUAGCUCCUAGGACAGGGCUGCCUCUACCGCUGCCCGACUCAAACUUGCCUGACAGUCCAGUCAAAGAUAUUCCAUGAUACCGAAUCGAGAACAUAUCUGCAGUAAUGUAUCAAAAGAACCGGACACAAAUAGCACCAGAUAAUACGCAGUAAAUAAUCGAGGAGUCACAUUGCAUAGCAUUGUGAUUCCAUCCCAGGUCUUCUCUCUCUCUCUCUCUCUGAGAAGCAUUCUCCUCCUGUUUGCUGAAUCAGCCCCGUCGUUACAUUUGGUAAUAUACGAUGAACGUUAAAACUAAGAAAAACACAAGUUCCACUGCGGUCCACAAGGUGGUGCUGUUUCACCAUUCUGAGGUUUUUCAACUCCAGUGUUUUGUUUUGCUUUUUUUAAAAGGGAUUUCUAUUUGCUUCAAUUUGCUUGGUUGGACGUUAAAGGCUAAGGUUAAAAUAAUAAUAAUAAUAAUAAUAAUUAAACGAUUGAUGAAAAUUAACCCCUAGUUACUGUUUAUAUGUGUCUAAAGCAACGUUUUACGAGCGUCACACAGAGGGUAAAAUGCUAACUUCGUUAUUCGGAAAAUAAAGGCAUCUAAAGAGUUAAUUUGCAGGGAUUCUCAUCAGUGAGUUCUGUUUAGAUCAGCAACAAUGGAAUAGUUAAUCUAUAAUGAAAAGGGUAGCGGGUUUUAUCAGUAAAGAUGAAGGAGAGCGUUUUAUUUCAGACCUGUUGUUCCCCAUUGAACGAAACUGUAUGUGAUGCAAUGCAAAGCCAGGGGGCGCUGCCGCACCCCCAGCACCUUUUGGCUUCAAGUUC